GGUUUACCAGCAGGCGUUUCAUGUCACAUUCAGUUCAGGGUGAUUCUCAGACGGUUCCUGCCUGACUGUCAACUCCAUCCCCUAGCCUGCCAGUCUAACUGGGCCCUGAUACGACUUGACUCCUGACUCACGAUGCAGUGGAGCUUGACUUGCUGUGUGGAUGGAGGGAGCCCAAUACCGUAGAGUCAGAAGGAUUUCUUAUCUGUGUGUGUUUGUGUAAUUCUAUUUGGAUGUCUAAUACUAUCCAAAGAUGAUCGUUGUUAGGUGCGUCUGAUGAUGAUGCAAGCUGUCAAUCAUCUCUUUCUGUUUGCUCCCACCCACGACGCCCACCUGCUGUUCUUUUAGAGUGUCCCAGAUGGCACCCUAUUCCCUUUAUAGUGCACUACUUUAGACCAGAACCCUAUAAAACUAGUGCACUAUAUAGGGAAUAGGGUGCCUUUUGGGACCUUAGUUGACCUUGCGUUUUGCCUUGUAGUUAAAUACUGUUCUUUCUAUUUAUGUCUGUUUUUAUGAUUCAUUUGUAUAAACAUUAUGUUUAACUUACUGAGCCCUGUCUACCAACCUAUAUGGAAUUGUUUUAAAAAGGUCAUACCAAGGAUCAUUUAGCUAUUUGAUUUAGAAUCGGGCUACUAACCUAUAUGGAAUUGUUUUUAAAAGGUCAUACCAAGGAUCAUUUAGCUAUUUGAUUUACAUUUUGGGCUACUAACCUAUAUGGAAUUGUUUUAAAAAGGUCAUACCAAUGAUCAUUUAGCUAUUUGAUUUAGAAUUGGGCUACUAACCUAUAUGGAAUUGUUUUAAAAGGUCAUACCAAGGAUCAUUUAGCUAUCUGAUUUAGAAUUUUAAGGUCCCUUAAAGUAUAGAAAUAAAAUAAAAAAUUUAUGAAACAUUUUAUUUGGCCUUACUGCUACAGUGAGGGAAAACAGUAUUUGAUCCCCUGCUGAUUUUGUACGUUUGCCCACUGACAAAGACAUGAUCAGUCUAUAAUUUUAAUGGUAGGUUUAUUUGAACAGUGAGAGACAGAAUAACAACAAAAACAUCCAGAAAAACGCAUGUCAAAAAUGUUAUAAAUUGAUUUGCAUUUUAAUGAGGGAAAUAAGUAUUUGACCCCCUCUCAAUCAGAAAGAUUUCUGGCUCCCAGGUGUCUUUUAUACAGGUAACGAGCUGAGAUUAGGAGCACACUCUGAAAGGGAGUGCUCCUAAUCUCAGUUUGUUACCUGUAUAAAAGACACCUGUCCACAGAAGCAAUCAAUCAAUCAGAUUCCAAACUCUCCACCAUGGCCAAGAUCAAAGAGCUCUCCAAGGAUGUCAGGGACAAGAUUGUAGACCUACACAAGGCUGAAAUGGGCUACAAGACCAUUGCCAAGCAGCUUGGUGAGAAGGUGACAACAGUUGGUGCGAUUAUUCGCAAAUGGAAGAAACACAAAAUAACUGUCAAUCUCCCUCGGCCUGGGGCUCCAUGCAAGAUCUCACCUCGUGGAGUUGCAAUGAUCAUGAGAACGGUGAGGAAUCAGCCCAGAACUACACGGGAGGAUAUUGUCAAUGAUCUCAAGGCAACUGGGACCAUAGUCACCAAGAAAACAAUUGGUAACACACUACGCCGUGAAGGACUGAAAUCCUGCAGCGCCCGCAAGGUCCCCCUGCUCAAGAAAGCAAUAUACAUGCCCGUAUGAAAUUUGCCAAUGAACAUCUGAAUGAUUCAGAGGAGAACUGGGUGAAAGUGUUGUGGUCAGAUGAGACCAAAAUGGAGCUCUUUGGCAUCAACUCAACUCGCCGUGUUUGGAGGAGGAGGAAUGCUGCCUAUGACCCCAAGAACACCAUCCCCACCGUCAAACAUGGAGGUGGAAACAUUAUGCUUUGGGGGUGUUUUUCUGCUAAGGGGACAGGACAACUUCACCACAUCAAAGGGACGAUGGACGGGACUGUCAAAUCUUGGGUGAGAACCUCCUUCCCUCAGCCAGGGCAUUGAAAAUGGGUCGUGGAUGGGUAUUCCAGCAUGAAAAUGACCCAAAACACACGGCCAAGGCAACAAAGGAGUGGCUCAAGAAGAAGCACAUUAAGGUCCUGGAGUGGCCUAGCCAGUCUCCAGACCUUAAUCCCAUAGAAAAUCUGUGGAGGGAGCUGAAGGUUCGAGUUGCCAAACGUCAGCCUCGAAACCUUAAUGACUUGGAGAAGAUCUGCAAAGAGGAGUGGGACAAAAUCCCUCCUGAGAUGUGUGCAAACCUGGUGGCCAACUACAAGAAACGUCUAAGUACUAAGUCAUGUUUUGCAGAGGGGUCAAAUACUUAUUUCCCUCAUUAAAAUGCAAAUCAAUUUAUUAAAUUUUUGACAUGCGUUUUUCUGGAUUUGUUUUUGUUAUUCUGUCUCUCACUGUUAAAAUAAACCUACCAUUAAAAUUAUAGACUGAUCAUUUCUUUGUCUGUGGGCAAACGUACAAAAUCAGCAGGGGAUCAAAUACUUUUUUCCCUCACUGUAUUAGCCCAUACAAACACAUUGAAUAACAGAUUCACUACAUGGAACAACAGAUAGUCCUUACUGCUAUUAGCCCAUACAAACACAUUGAAUAACAGAUUCACUACCUGGAACAACAGAUAGUCUUUACUGCUAUUAGCCCAUACAAACACAUUGAAUAACAGAUUCACUACCUGGAACAACAGAUAGUCUUUACUGCUAUUAGCCCAUACAAACACAUUGAAUAACAGAUUCACUACCUGGAACAACAGAUAGUCUUUACUGCUAUUAGCCCAUACAAACACAUUGAAUAACAGAUUCACUACAUGGAACAACAGAUAGCCCCCCCAAAGAAUUUCAGAGAGAUAUAAGAGAGAUCAGGAAAAAAAAUUUUUUUACAUGUAUUUAACCCCUUGUUUUUGGCACUAAACAGUCUCCAUAUAUAUUGUACCUCCAUUAAUGUUUUCAACUGGUACUGGUGGACCUUCAGACGAGUCUUGUGGGGCCUGUGAGCGUCCUAGGGCAAAGCAACUGACAUGUACAUGUUCGUGAGAGUCUCAUUUCAGUGUGUAGCCCAGAAUGUUGGGACGCUACAGACAGAAGUUGGCAGAUCGGAUGUACCGACUUCAGAAGAAUCCCAAGACGGCUUGUGGGGGUCGUAGACCAAAACGGAGAACACCAUCGUGAGAGUCCCAUUUUUCCUUAGAGGUGUCAUAAUAGUAGGCCAAACCGUUCGGACGCUACAGACAAUUUUGUAAGAAGACUGAUUUUCGGGACGUCUCAUGGUCUGUCGAACACCGCUCUAGCUCUGUCACCUCUCACGCAAAUGCGGAAGUGCCACAUCGGCAGAUGUGGUAGAUGGAGACACAUCCAGUGCAAAAAAACAGAUAUCUCUAGCUUACACUGACAGAUUUUUAUGGGGAUGCUUUUAUUAUGCUAAUUUGAUUUCCACGGGGGCGUGCAUAAUGACUCUAGGGGUUUAAUCCAUAACAGGCUUUAGAAAACCCUUUUGCAAUUAUGUUAGUACAGCUGAAAACUGUUGUGCUGAUUAAAGAAGCAAUAAAACGGGCCUUCUUGAGACUAGUUGAGUAUCUGGAGCAUCAGCAAUUGUGGGUUCGAUUACAGGCUCAAAAUGGCCAGAAACAAAUAACUUUCUUCUGAAACUGCCGUGUGGUUCAUCUGAACGGCUGACCAGAGGGUUGCUGCGUGGUUCAUCUGAACGGAAUGGACCACUAAAUGGCGUUCAUGCCUAUAAUGCUGUCGUUGAUGUCUUUGGCAUGAGGAUGUGUAAACUGGUGGCUGUGUUUCAUCUUACAACAGCUACAUAGUCAAAUGUUACAAUGUAUGCAUCAAUAUUAAACUAAUUGGGACACGUGGGUACACUUUCAGUUAUUGUGAAAACUUUCAUCACCUUUCAAUGCCUUAGCUUUGAAAUGUAAAUGUUUGUACAUAUUCAGAUUGAGUUAUCUUUCUGAAAUGUGUAUAGUAUGCCAAGUUAUUUAGCUACAUGUAUUAACACCACAGCAUGGAGAAAGUCAAGAGGAAGCAGUGGAGUGAGGUGGACAUGUUCCAUGCCAUGGAGGACUGCGGGGCAGGGAUGGCUAUCCACCAGGCUGCCAAGGUUAGGCAUCUUUUGUUUUUAGGAGAUUACCACGUGUAUGUGAAUUUUAUCUGCUAGUAACAGUUUUAUUUUCUUAUCUACCAAGGUGCGUGGUGUACCUCGGCAGACCCUGGCGGACAGGCUGAGCGGCCGGGUGACCCAUGGUGGUCACAGUGGACCACCCACAUUGCUUGCAUCAGAGGAUGAAAAUUCUCUGGUGCAGUACUGUAUCUACUGUGCCAGCCAUGGGUUCCCCUUCACCAGACAGAGGCUGAUGAAAUACGCCAACAAAAUACGCAGGUAUUUGGUGUUCUAUGUGUUUAUGUAUGUAGACUGGUGGACUGAAUGUGUGUGAUGUAAAUGUGGAUGUGUAUGGUGAUGCCAAAACAAACAUUUUCAUCCUGGAUGGACACUUUUAUGUAUUCUAUUCUAUUGUAGGUUUCGGCACCCAGGGGAAACAAUCCCGCCACUGGGGAAGAGGUGGUGGGAAAUGUUCAGGAGGAGGCACAAGAACCUGAGCAUGAGGAGGCCGGACACCCUGGACAGGGGGAGAGCUGAGUGUGCCACACGUCCGACGAUGGACACCUUCUUCCCUUCUUAUGAGAAGCACUUGGAGGCGAGUGGGUUGAGGGAGAAACGCAGACAAAUCUAUAACUGCGAUGGGCAUUCGGCUGUGGUCUCUGGUGAGUGUGUGGCUCAUGAUGGCAUUUUGUUGUCAUGAAGAAAGUUAUCUAAUAUCUGCAAAGGGUAGACUUUGUCUCCCUCUGCUGGACAUAUGGCUUCUCCUUUUGGUGUGUCAAUAAAGCCAUGUCAAGAACAGUUUUCAGCUUAUGCAUUACACAGUCCACACAUAACUAAAACGUAUUAUCCUCCUCUUCUUCUACCUCCACCUCCUCUUCCUCCACCUCCUCUUCCUCCUCCUUCUCCUCUUCCUCCACAUCCUCUUCCACCACCUCCUCUUCCUCCACUUCCUCUUCCUCCUCUUCCUCCACCUCAUCUUCCUCCUCUUCCUCUUCCUCCACCUCCUCUUCAUCCUCUUCCUCUUCCUCCUCUUCCUCCACCUCCUCUUCCUCUUCCUCCACCUUCUCUUCUCCUCUUCCUCCACCUCCUCUUCCUCCACUGCCUCUUCCUCCACCUUCUCCUCUUCCUCCUCUUCCUCCUCCUUCUCCUUCUCCUCCACCUCCUCUUCCUCCUCUUCCUCCUUCCUCCAGAGAAAGGAGAGCUGCUGGUGUGUGGGAAGAACCACAGAGGUCAGCUGGGACUGGGUCACAGUGUAGAGGUCACCACCUUUCAACUCUGUCCUCUCAUUGGUCAGAGGGUUGCACACGUGUCCUGUGGUUAGGAUUUCAUGCUCGUCCUCACUGGUGAGAGAGACCGAGAAUGUACUGCUCAUUCUCACUGGUGUGAGAGACCAAGAAUGUACUGCUAGGUGUACUGCUUGUCAUUUGUAACAACAUGUUGUUUCUCAGAUCGUGGCCAGGUACUGACGUGUGGAUCUAAUGCAUACGGCCAGCUGGGUGUCUCGGAGCCAAUCCCUCAUUCUAUGGUGCUGCUACCCGUUCAGUCGGUAAGGAAGCCAGUGAUCAGAGUGGCAGCAGGAGUCAGACAUUCACUAACUGUCACUGGUAAGACAUACCUCUUCACAGUUCACAGCCACGGAGCCUCGAAAUGACAUUCAUAAAUAUGUCAUCAUUCUGACUACAGCUCCAAGCUCUGAAUUCGACUUUUACACUCACUCUGGUCCUCAUUGCUGUGUGUGGUUAUGUGUAGUGUGUACUAUAUAGUUCAGGCUUCCUCUCAAUCACUACAGAGCAGGUAGUCUAGCGGUUAAGAGUUGGGCCAGUAACCGAAAGGUCUCUGGUUUGAAUCCCCGAGCCGACUAGGUGAAACAUUUUCAUUCGUUUUUUUUUUUUUUUUUUUGGGGGUAGAUCAGCUUUGAUAUUGGAGAUAGAUUGUAACUUCCAUCAAUGUAAUUGUCUGCAUCACUUCCAAUCUCCCAUAUGUUUUUUUCUCGCUAAUAUGUAUAUACAUAUACUUACAGUGGCUUGCGAAAGCGUUCACCCCCCUUGGCAAUUUUCCUAUUUUGUUGCCUUACAAACCUGGAAUUAAAAUGGAUUUUUGGGUGUUUUGUAUCAUUUAAUUUACACAACAUGCCUACCACUUUGAAGAUGCAAAAUAUUUUUAAUUAUGAAAGAAACAAGAAGUAAGACAAAAAAACUGAAAACUGAAAACUUGAGCGUGCAUAACUAUUCACCCCCCCAAAGUCAAUACUUUGUAGAGCCACCUUUUGCAGCAAUUACAGCUGCAAGUCUCUUGGGGUAUGUCUCUAUAAGCUUGGCACAUCUAGCCACUGGGAUUUUUGCCCAUUCUUCAAGGCAAAACUGUUCCAGCUCCUACAAGUUGGAUGGGUUCCGCUGGUGUACAGCAAUCUUUAAGUCAUACCACAGAUUCUCAAUAGGAUUGAGAUCUGGGCUUUGACUAGGCCAAAUUCAAGACAUUUAAAUGUUUCCCCUUAAACCAUUUGAGUGUUGCUUUAGCAGUAUACUUAGGGUCAUUGUCCUGCUGGAAGGUGAACAUCCGUCCCAGUCUCAAAUCUCUGGAAGACUGAAACAGGUUUCCCUCAAGAAUUUCCCUGUAUUUAGCGCCAUCCAUCAUUCCUUCAAUUCUGACCAGAUUCCCAGUCCCUGCCGAUGAAAAACAUCCCCACAGCAUGAUGCUGCCACCACCAUGCUUCACUGUGGGGAUGGUGUUCUUCGGCUUGCAAGCCACCCCCUUUUUCCUCCAAACAUAACGAUGGUCAUUAUGGCCAAACAGUUAUAUUUUUGUUUCAUCAGACCAGAGGACAUUUCUCCGAAAAGUACGAUCUCUGUCCCCAUGUGUAGUUGCAAACUGUAGUCUGGCUUUUUUAUGGCCGUUUUGGAGCAGUGGCUUCUUCCUUGCUGAGCGGCCUUUCAGGUUAUGUUGAUAUAGGACUCGUUUUACUGUGGAUUUACUGUGGAUUUCCUCCAGCAUCUUCACAAGGUCCUGCUGUUGUUCUGGGAUUGAUUUGCACCAAAGUACAUUCAUCUCUAGGAGACAGAACGUGUCUCCUUCCUGAGUGGUAUGACGGCUGCGUGGUCCCAUGGUGUUUAUACUUGCGUACUAUUGUUUGUACAGAUGAACGUGGUACUUUCAGGCGUUUGGAAAUUGCUCCCAAGGAUGAACCAGACUUGUGGAGGUCUACCAUUUUUUUCUGAGGUCUUGGCUGAUUUCUUUAGAUUUUCCCAUGAUGUCAAGCAAAGAGGCACUGAGUUUGAAGGUAGGCCUUGAAAUACAUCCACAGGUACAUCUCCAAUUGACUCAAAUUAUGUCAAUUAGCCUAUCAGAAGCUUCUUAAGCCAUGACAUAAUUUUCUGGAAUUUUCCAAGCUGUUUAAAGGCACAACUGUAUCUCUGUGUAUAUCUCUGUAUAUAUCUCUGUGUAUUUACUCUGUAUAUUUACUCUGUAUAUCUCUGUGAAUAUCUCUGUAUAUGCCUUCCUGUAUAUUUACUCUGUAUAUAUCUCUGUGUAUAUCUCUGUAUAUUUACUCUGUAUAUACAGUGGGGGGAAAAAGUAUUUAGUCAGCCACCAAUUGUGCAAGUUCUCCCACUUAAAAAGAUGAGAGAGGCCUGUAAUUUUCAUCAUAGGUACACGUCAACUAUGACAGACAAAAUGAGAUUUUUUUUUCCAGAAAAUCACAUUGUAGGAUUUUUAAUGCAUUCAUUUGCAAAUUAUGGUGGAAAAUAAGUAUUUGGUCACCUACAAACAAGCAAGAUUUCUGGCUCUCACAGACCUGUAACUUCUUCUUUAAGAGGCUCCUCUGUCCUCCACUCGUUACCUGUAUUAAUGGCACCUGUUUGAACUUGUUAUCAGUAUAAAAGACACCUGUCCACAACCUCAAACAGUCACACUCCAAACUCCACUAUGGCCAAGACCAAAGAGCUGUCAAAGGACACCAGAAACAAAAUUGUAGACCUGCACCAGGCUGGGAAGACUAAAUCUGCAAUAGGUAAGCAGCUUGGUUUGAAGAAAUCAACUGUGGGAGCAAUUAUUAGGAAAUGGAAGACAUACAAGACCACUGAUAAUCUCCCCGUGGGGUCAAAAUGAUCACAAGAACGGUGAGCAAAAAUCCCAGAACCACAUGGGGGGACCUAGUGAAUGACCUGCAGAGAGCUGGGACCAAAGUAACAAAGCCUACCAUCAGUAACACACUACGCCGCCAGGGACUCAAAUCCUGCAGUGCCAGACGUGUCCCCCUGCUUAAGCCAGUACAUGUCCAGGCCCGUCUGAAGUUUGCUAGAGUGCAUUUGGAUGAUCCAGAAGAGGAUUGGGAGAAUGUCAGAUGAAACCAAAAUAUAACUUUUUGGUAAAAACUACAAGCCCUCCCGGAACCCAUAGAGAUUGUAUUGAAAGCUCUGAUAUUUGAAAAAAAAAAGAUUUUACAUGAGAGUCUAUGAGAGACUUCUGGGGCGAUUUUCAACCUGACUGAAAUCGCCCCGAAAGGGGCGGGGCCAUUUGAAGCACGACUUUAGCCUGAUUGGACAUUUAGUGGCAGAUCAGACGUCUAGAUUAGAACACUGAUAACUACUGUUGCCGUGAUAUAAUUGAUUAGAAAAAAAAUCCCUUCCUUUUCCCGUUUGGCAGUGCGUCGCCCAUAUCGCCCUAAUGAACACACCGCCCCUGGUCAGAUGAAACCAAAAUAUAACUUUUGGGUAAAAACUCAACUCGUCGUGUUUGGAGGACAAAGAAUGCUGAGUUGCAUCCAAAGAACACCAUACCUACUGUGAAGCAUGGGGGUGGAAACAUCAUGCUUUGGGGCUGUUUUUCUGCAAAGGGACCAGGACGACUGAUCUGUGUAAAGGAAAGAAUGAAUGGGGCCAUGUAUCGUGAGAUUUUGAGUGAAAACCUCUUUCCAUCAGCAAGGGCAUUGAAGAUGAAACGUGGCUGGGUCUUUCAGCAUGACAAUGAUCCCAAACACACCGCCCGGGCAAUGAAGGAGUGGCUUCGUAAGAAGCAUUUCAAGGUCCUGGAGUGGCCUAGCCAGUCUCCAGAUCUCAACCCCAUAGAAAAUCUUUGGAGGGAGUUGAAAGUACGUGUUGCCCAGCGACAGCCCCAAAACAUCACUGCUCUAGAGGAGAUCUGCAUGGUGGAAUGGGCCAAAAUACCAGCAACAGUGUGUGAAAACCUUGUGAAGACUUACAGAAAACUUUUGACCUGUGUCAUUGCCAACAAAGGGUAUAUAACAAAGUAUUGAGAAACUUUUGUUAUUGACCAAAUACUUAUUUUCCACCAUAAUUUGCAAAUAAAUUCAUUAAAAAUCCUACAAUGUGAUUUUCUGGAAAAAAAAAUAUCAUUUUGUCUGUCAUAGUUGAUGUGUACCUAUGAUGAAAAUUACAGGCCUCUCUCAUCUUUUUAAGUGGGAGAACUUGCACAAUUGGUGGUUGACUAAAUACUUUUUUCCCCCACUGUAUCUCUGUAUAUUUACUCUGUCUAUAUCUCUAUGUAUAUAUCUGUAGGUAAACUUCCGACUUCAACUGUACAUACAUAUACACAUACUUACACGCAUGCAUACAUACAUACAUACAUAUAAAUACAUAUACAUACAUAUCCUUUUUUAAAAUAUAUUUUCCUUUAUUACUUUCCACCCCCACCACCCCUCCCCUAAUUGGAGUAAACUAGUGAACAACAAUGCUUAGGCCUCUACUUCCAGCUUAUACUUACUAUAUACAUUUUAUGGACACAGUCAAUUUUACAAUAAUUCUGUUUUGUUUGUUUUUACUCCUGAAUUUCCUCUACCCUCAACCUCUCCGAUCAAUUUCAUGAUGUCCAUUGCUUCUAUAUGCCAUAUCUUUCAAACUGUGCUCUUUCACAAAAGUUCUUAACCUAUAACCUAUAUACUUAUUAUGUUUUACAUUAGUUAUCUUGUUGUUAUUAGUUGUUAUUAGUCCCAACCCUCAGCUCCAUUCAACCCCUCCCAUCUAUCUCUUAACACCAUCCAUAUUGGAUUUCUAUUUGCCAUAUAUUUUUCAACUGUACUGUGAUGUUUCACAAAAGUUCUGAACCCUUCAAUAAUCAUUGUUUCUACAGAUUGUAAAUUGAAAAUAAUUUUUUUUGCUAAAAGUAUUAUUAUAUUAUUGAUCGAUUGACUAUGACUUUUCAGAUCACCCAGUAGUGCUGUCUGCAGGGUUAGCUCCAGGUAAAUAUUGCAAUCCUUCAGCCAUUCCUGGACCUGUGACCAAAAACAAGCUGCAAAUGGACAAUACCAAAACAAAUUAUCUAAUGAUUCUGUCUCUCCGCAGCAAAAUCUGCAGAGCUGGGAAGAUUGUAUCCCCCUGUCAAAAGGGUGAUGUGUACGCGGCAAGUGAAGUCAGACGCAGGACACAGAGAAUCAGGAUGACUACUUUACUGAAUGCAAACGCACAAACAAAAGUCUCCAAAACACUGGAGGGGAAAAAACACCCUGUGCGUAAUGAGGCGAAAUAGCUAUGCCGAACAUCAACGAGACAAUACACAAUAACACACAAAGGCCAAACGUAAAACAAGGAAACUUAUAUGCUACACAAUCAACACUAAUAAGCAACAGGUGUAUAAACUAGAGAACACAAGACAAACACCGAAAACAUCGAUCGGCAGUAGCUAGUACUCCGGGGACGACGAACGCCGAAGCCUGCCCGAGCAAGGAGGAGGAGCAGCCUCGGCAGAAUCCGUGACACCCCCAUAUAAAUACAAUUCUAUUGGUAGCAAGAAUUUUGUAUAAUAAUAUAAAUUGAAAGAUUCUAUGUUUUGCAUCCGGCGUCGUUUUGCGUAUCAGUUCAUAAACCAUUUGCCAUGGAAUCGGUACGUCAAAAAUCUCUUCCCAACUAUUUGAGCAAGGCACUUAACAAUAAUUGCUUCUGUAAGUCGCUCUGGAAAAGAGCGUCUGCUAAAUGACUAAAAUGUGAAAUGUAAAUGUACAUCAUCAAUGCAUUCUUUCUUAUCGGGCACAACAAUCACCAAUAAGUCUUUCUCCUUGUGUUGUUCUGUCUUCAGGUACCGGUAGUGUGUACCAGUGGGGUAUGGGUCUCUAUGGUCAGGCUAAGAGAGCUCUGAGUCCACAACCUGUCCCAGCACACUUCACCUCCAAGAUACCUUGUCUGGUCCCAGGUCUGGAUCAGGUGAUGUCACACAGAGUUGCUGCAGGCUUCGCCCGCUGUGUGAGCCUUACUGGUGAGUCUGCUAGUCUCCAGUCAGUCUGCUAGUCUCCAGUCUGCUAGUCUGCUAGUCUCCAGUCAGUCUGCUAGUCUCCAGUCUGCUAGUCUCCAGUCAGUCUGCUAGUCUCCAGUCUGCUAGUCUCCAGUCAGUCUGCUAGUCUCCAGUCUGCUAGUCUGCUAGUCUCCAGUCAGUCUGCUAGUCUCCAGUCUGCUAGUCUCCAGUCAGUCUGCUAGUCUCCAGUCUGCUAGUCUGCUAGUCUCCAGUCAGUCUGCUAGUCUCCAGUCAGUCUGCUAGUCUCCAGUCAGUCUGUUAGUCUCCAGUCUGCUAGUCUCCAGUCUGCUAGUCUCCAGUCAGUCUGCUAGUCUCCAGUCUGCUAGUCUCCAGUCAGUCUGCUAGUCUCCAGUCAGUCUGCUAGUCUCCAGUCUGCUAUUCUCCAGUCUGCUAGUCACCAGUCUGCUAGUCUCCAGUCUGCUAGUCUCCAGUCUGCUAGUCUCCAGUCUGCUAGUCUCCAGUCAGUCUGCUAGUCUCCAGUCUGCUAGUCUGCUAGUCUCCAGUCAGUCUGCUAGUCUCCAGUCUGCUAGUCUCCAGUCAGUCUGCUAGUCUCCAGUCUGCUAGUCUCCAGUCUGCUAGUCUCCAGUCAGUCUGCUAGUCUCCAGUCUGCUAGUCUCCAGUCAGUCUGCUAGUCUCCAGUCAGUCUGCUAGUCUCCAGUCUGCUAUUCUCCAGUCUGCUAGUCACCAGUCUGCUAGUCUCCAGUCUGCUAGUCUCCAGUCUGCUAGUCUGCUAGUCUCCAGUCUGCUAGUCUCCAGUCAGUUUGCUAGUCUCCAGUCAGUCUGCUAGUCUCCAGUCUGCUAGUCUCCAGUCAGUCUGCUAGUCUCCAGUCUGUUAGUCUGCUAGUCUCCAGUCAGUCUGCUAGUCUCCAGUCAGUCUGCUAGUCUCCAGUCUGCUAGUCUCCAGUCAGUCUGCUAGUCUCCAGUCAGUCUGCUAGUCUCCAGUCCUGCUAGUCUGCUAGUCUCCAGUCAGUCUGCUAGUCUCCAGUCUGCUAGUCUGCUAGUCUCCAGUCAGUCUGCUAGUCUCCAGUCUGCUAGUCUCCAGUCAGUCUGCUAGUCUCCAGUCUGCUAGUCUGCUAGUCUCCAGUCAGUCUGCUAGUCUCCAGUCUGCUAGUCUCCAGUCAGUCUGCUAGUCUCCAGUCAGUCUGCUAGUCUCCAGUCAGUCUGCUAGUCUCCAGUCUGCUAGUCUCCAGUCAGUCUGCUAGUCUCCAGUCAGUCUGCUAGUCUCCAGUCUGCUAGUCUGCUAGUCUCCAGUCAGUCUGCUAGUCUCCAGUCUGCUAGUCUGCUAGUCUCCAGUCAGUCUGCUAGUCUCCAGUCUGCUAGUCUCCAGUCAGUCUGCUAGUCUCCAGUCUGCUAGUCUGCUAGUCUCCAGUCAGUCUGCUAGUCUCCAGUCUGCUAGUCUCCAGUCUGCUAGUCUCCAGUCUGCUAGUCUCCAGUCAGUCUGCUAGUCUCCAGUCUGCUAUUCUCCAGUCUGCUAGUCACCAGUCUGCUAGUCUCCAGUCUGCUAGUCUCCAGUCUGCUAGUCUCCAGUCUGCUAGUCUGCAAGUCUCCAGUCUGCUAGUCUGCAAGUCUCCAGUCAGUUUGCUAGUCUCCAGUCAGUCUGCUAGUCUCCAGUCUGCUAGUCUGCUAGUCUCCAGUCAGUCUGCUAGUCUCCAGUCUGCUAGUCUGCUAGUCUCCAGUCAGUCUGCUAGUCUCCAGUCUGCUAGUCUCCAGUCAGUCUGCUAGUCUCCAGUCUGCUAGUCUGCUAGUCUGCUAGUCUCCAGUCAGUCUGCUAGUCUCCAGUCUGCUAGUCUCCAGUCAGUCUGCUAGUCUCCAGUCUGCUAGUCUCCAGUUAGUCUGCUAGUCUCCAGUCUGCUAGUCUGCUAGUCUCCAGUCAGUCUGCUAGUCUCCAGUCUGCUAGUCUGCUAGUCUCCAGUCAGUCUGCUAGUCUCCAGUCUGCUAGUCUCCAGUCAGUCUUCUAGUCUCCAGUCUGCUAGUCUGCUAGUCUCCAGUCAGUCUGCUAGUCUCCAGUCUGCUAGUCUCCAGUCAGUCUGCUAGUCUCCAGUCAGUCUGCUAGUCUCCAGUCUGCUAGUCUCCAGUCUGCUAGUCUCCAGUCAGUCUGCUAGUCUCCAGUCUGCUAGUCUCCAGUCAGUCUGCUAGUCUCCAGUCAGUCUGCUAGUCUCCAGUCUGCUAUUCUCCAGUCUGCUAGUCACCAGUCUGCUAGUCUCCAGUCUGCUAGUCUCCAGUCUGCUAGUCUCCAGUCUGCUUGUCUGCAAGUCUCCAGUCCGCUAGUCUGCAAGUCUCCAGUCUGCUAGUCUGCAAGUCUCCAGUCUGCUAGUCUCCAGUCUGCUAGUCACCAGUAUAUUAGUCUCCAGUAUAUUAGUCUCCAGUCUCUUAGUCUCCAGUCUGCUACUCUGCUAGUCUCCAGUCUGCUAGUCUGCAAGUCUCCAGUCUCCAGUCUGCUAGUCUGCUUGUCUCCAGUCUGCUAGUCUCCAGUCUGCUAGUCUCCAGUCUGCUAGUCUCCAGUCUGCUAGUCUCCAGUCUGCUAGUCUCCAGUUUGCUAGUCUCCAGUUUGCUAGUCUUCAGUCUGAUAGUCUCCAGUCUCCAGUUUGCUAGUGUCCAGUCCUCUAGUCUCCAGUCCUCUAGUCUCCAGUCUGCUAGUCUCCAAUGUGCUAGUCUCCAGUCUGCUAGUCUCCAGUCUGUUAGUCUCCAGUCUGCUAGUCUCCAGUCUGCUAGUUUCCAUUCUGCUAGUCUCCAGUCUGCUAGUUUCCAGUCUGCUAGUCUCCAGUCUGCUAGUCUCCAGUCUGCUAGUCUCUGAUUUGCUAGUCUCCAGUCUGCUAGUCUGCUAGUCUGCUUGUCUCCAGUCUUCUAGUCUCCAGUCUGCUAGUCUCCAGUCUGCUAGUCUUCAGUAUUUUAGUCUCCAGGCUGCUAGUCUCCAGUCUGCUAGAGUGCUAGUCUCCAGUAUAUUAGUCUCCAGUCUCUUAGUCUCCAGUCUGCUACUCUACAGUCUGCUAGUCUCCAGUAUCUUAGUCUCCAGUCUCUUAGUCUCCAGUCUGCUGGUCUCCAGUUUGCUAGUCUCCAGUCUGCUAGUCUCCAGUCUCCAGUCUGCUAGUCUCCAGUCUGCUAGUCUCCAGUCUGCUAGUCUCCAGUUUGCUAGUCUGCUUGUCUCCAGUCUGAUUGUCUCCAGUCUGCUAGUCUCCAGUCUGCUAGUCUCCAGUCUGCUAGUCUCCAGUCUGCUAGUCUCCAGUCUGCUAGUCUCCAGUUUGCUAGUCUGCUUGUCUCCAGUCUGAUUGUCUCCAGUCUGCUAGUCUCCAGUCUGCUAGUCUCCAGUCUGCUAGUCUCCAGUCUGCUAGUCUCCAGUUUGCUAGUCUGCUUGUCUCCAGUCUGAUUGUCUCCAGUCUGCUAGUCUCCAGUCUGCUAGUCUCCAGUCUGCUAGUCUCCAGUCUGCUUGUCUCCAGUCUGCUUGUCUCCAGUCUGAUUGUCUCCAGUCUGAUUGUCUCCAGUCUGCUAGUCUCCAGUCUGCUAGUCUCCAGUCUGCUAGUCUCCAGUCUGCUAGUCUCCAGUCUGCUAGUCUCUGUUUUGCUAGUCUCCAGUCUUCUAGUCUGCUUGUCUCCAGUCUGAUUGUCUCCAGUCUGCUAGUCUCCAGUCUGAUUGUCUCCAGUCUGCUAGUCUCCAGUCUGCUAGUCUCCAGUCUGCUAGUCUGCUUGUCUCCAGUCUGCUUGUCUCCAGUCUGCUUGUCUCCAGUCUGCUAGUCUCCAGUCUGCUAGUCUCCAGUCUGCUAGUCUCCAGUCUGUUAGUCUCCAGUCUGCUAGUCUCCAGUCUGCUAGUCUCCAGUCUGCUAGUCUCUGUUUUGCUAGUCUCCAGUCUUCUAGUCUCUAGUCUGCUAAUCUCCAGUCUGCUAGUCUCCAAUUUACUAGUCUCCAGUCUGCUAGUCUCCAGUCUCCAGUCUCCAGUCUGCUAGUCUCCAGUCUGCUAGUCUCCAGUCUGCUAGUCUCCAGUCUGCUUGUCUCCAGUCUGCUAGUCUCCAGUCUGCUAGUCUCCAGUCUGCUAGUCUCCAGUCUGCUAGUCUCCAGUCUGCUAGUCUCCAGUCUGCUAGUCUCCAGUCUGCUAGUGUGCUAGUCUCCAGUCUGCUAGUCUCCAGUCUGCUAGUCUCCAGUCUGCUAGUCUCCAAUUUGCUAGUCUCCAGUCUCUUAGUCUCCAGUCUGCUGGUCUCCAGUUUGCUAGUCUCCAGUCUGCUAGUCUCCAGUCUCCAGUCUGCUAGUCUCCAGUCUGCUAGUCUCCAGUCUGCUAGUCUCCAGUCUGCUAGUCUGCUUGUCUCCAGUCUGCUUGUCUCCAGUCUGCUAGUCUCCAGUCUGCUAGUCUCCAGUCUGCUAGUCUCCAGUCUGCUAGUCUCCAGUCUGCUAGUCUCCAGUUUGCUAGUCUGCUUGUCUCCAUUCUGUUAGUCUCCAGUCUGCUAGUCUCCAGUCUGCUAGUCUCCAGUCUGCUAGUCUCCAGUCUGCUAGUCUCCAGUCUGCUAGUCUCCAGUUUGCUAGUCUGCUUGUCUCCAGUCUGCUUGUCUCCAGUCUGCUAGUCUCCAGUCUGCUAGUCUCCAGUCUGCUAGUCUCCAGUCUGCUUGUCUCCAGUCUGCUUGUCUCCAGUCUGAUUGUCUCCAGUCUGAUUGUCUCCAGUCUGCUAGUCUCCAGUCUGCUAGUCUCCAGUCUGCUAGUCUCCAGUCUGCUAGUCUCUGUUUUGCUAGUCUCCAGUCUUCUAGUCUGCUUGUCUCCAGUCUGAUUGUCUCCAGUCUGCUAGUCUCCAGUCUGCUAGUCUCCAGUCUGCUAGUCUCCAGUCUGCUAGUCUCCAGUCUGCUAGUCUGCUUGUCUCCAGUCUGCUUGUCUCCAGUCUGAUAGUCUCCAGUCUGCUAGUCUCCAGUCUGCUAGUCUCCCAGUCUGCUAGUCUCCAGUCUGGUUAGUCUCCAGUCUGCUAGUCUCCAGUCUGCUAGUCUCCAGUCUGCUAUUCUCUGUUUUGGCUAGUCUCCAGUCUUCUAGUCUCUAGUCCCUGCUAUCUCCAGUUCUGCUAGUCUCCAAUUUACUAGUCUCCAGUCUGCUAGUCUCCAGUCCUCCAGUCUCCAGUCUGCUAGUCUCCCAGUCUGCUAGUCUCCAGUCUGCUAGUCUCCCAGUCUGCUUGUCUCCAGUCUGCUAGUCCCAGUCCUGCUAGUCUCCAGUCUGCUAGUCUCCAGUCUGCUAGUCUCCAGUCUGCUAGUCUCCAGUCUGCUAGUGUGCUAGUCUCCAGUCUGCUAGUCUCCAGUCUGCUAGUCUCCAGUCUGCUAGUCUCCAAUUUACUAGUCUCCAGUCUGCUAGUCUCAGUCUCCCAGUUCUGCUAGUCUCCAUCUGCUAGUCUCCAAUUUACUAGUCUCCAGUCUGCUAGUCUCUAGUCUGCUAAUCUCCAGUCUGCUAGUCUCCAAUUUACUAGUCUCCAGUCUGCUAGUCUCCAGUCUGCUAGUCUCCAGUCUGCUAGUCUCCAGUCUGCUAGUCUCCAGUCUGCUAGUCUCCAGUCUGCUCGUCUCCAUUCCUGCUAGUCUCCAGUCUGCUAGUUUCCGUCUGAUUGGUCCUCCAGUCUGCUAGUCUCCAGUCUGCUAGUCUCCAGUCUGCUAGUCUCCAGUCUGAUUGUCUCCAGUCUGCUAGUCUCCAGUCUGCUAGUCUCCAGUCUGCUAGUCUCCAGUCUGCUUGUCUCCAGUCUGCUAGUCUCCAGUCUGCUAGUCCUCCAGUCUGCUAGUCUCCAGUCUGCUAGUCUCCAGUCUGCUAGUCUCCAGUCUGCUAGUCUCCAGUCUGCCAGUCUGCUAGUCUGCUAGUCUCCAGUCUGCUAGUCUCCAGUCUGCUAGUCUCCAGUUUGCUAGGUUCCGGCAAUUUACUAGUCUCCAGUCUGCUAGUUCUCCAGUUCUGCUUGUCUCCAGUCUGCUAGUCUCCAAUUUACUAGUCUCCAGUCUGCUAGUCUCCAGUCUGCUAGUCUCCAGUCUGCUAGUCUCCAGUCUGCUAGUCUCCAGUCUGUCUCAGUCUCCAGUUCUGUCUAGUCUCCAGUCUGGCUCAGUCUCUCCCAGUCUGCUGUCUCCAGUCUGCUAGUCUCCCAGUCUGUAGCUCCAGUUCAGUUAGUCUCCAGUCUGCUUAGUCACUCCAGUCUGCUAGCUCCAUCUGCUAGUCUCCAGUUCUGCUCUUAGUCUCCAGUCUGUUUGUUCCAGUCUGCAGUCUUAGUCUCCAGUCUGCUAGUCUCCAGUCUUCUAGUCUCAUUCUGCUAGUCUCCAGUCUGCUAUUUUCCAGUCUCCAGUCUGCUAGUCUCCAGUCUGCUAGUCCCUAGUCGUGUAGUCUCCAGUCUGCUAGUCGUCUCCUAGUCUCUAGUCUGCUAUCUCCAGUCCCGCUAGUCUCCAGUCUGCUAUUUUAGUCUCCCAGUCUGCUAGUCUCCAGUCUGCUAGUCUCCAGUCUGCUAGUCUCCAGUUGUGCUAGUCUCCAGUCUGCUAGUCUCCAGUCUGCUAGUCUCCAGUCUCUCUAGUCUCCAGUCUGCUAGUCUCCAGUCUGCUAGUCUCCAGUCUUGCUAGUCUCCAGUCUGCUAGUCUCCAGUCUCCAGUCUGCUAGUCUCCAGUCUGCUAGUCUCCAGUCUGCUAGUCUCCAGUCUGCUAGUCUCCAGUCUGCUAGGCUCCAGUGUUGUUAGUCUCCAGUCUGCUAGUCUCCAGUCUCCAGUCUGCUAGUCUGCUUGUCUCCAGUCUGCUUGUCUCCAGUCUGCUAGUCUCCAGUCUGCUAGUCUCCAGUCUGCCAGUCUGCUAGUCUUCUAGUCUCCAGUCUGCUAGUCUCAGAAUUGCUAGUCUCCAUUCUGUUAGUCUCCAGUCUCUUAGUCUCCAGUUUGCUAGUCUCCAGUCUGCUAGUCUCCAGUCUGCUAGUCUCCAGUCUGCUAGUCUCCAAUCUGUAGUCUCCAGUCUGCUAGUCUCAGAAUUGCUAGUCUCCAUUCUGUUAGUCUCCAGUCUGCUAGUCUCCAGUCUGCUAGUCUCCAGUCUGCUAGUCUCCAGCUGCAUCCAGUCUGUACUCCAGUCUGCCAGUCUGCUAGUCUGUUAGUCUCCAGUCUGCUUGUCUCCAGUCUGCUUGUCUCCAGUCUGCUUGUCUUCAGUCUGCUAUUCUCCAGUCUCCAGUCUGCUAGUCUCCAGUCUUGUCUAGCUGUCUCCAGUCUGUUAGUAUCCAGUCUGCUAGCUCAGUCUGCAGUCUCAGUCUGUUAGUCUCCAGUCUGCUGUCUCCAGUCUGUUAGUCCUCCAGUCUGCUUAGUCCCAGUCUGCUUAUCUCCAGUCUUCUAGUCUGCUAGUCUCCAGUCUUCAGUCUGCUAGUCUCCAGUCUGUUGUUCCAGUCUGUUAGCAUCAAGUCUGCUAGCCUCAAGUGUGCUAGUCUCCAGUCUGCUAGUCUCCAGUCUGUUAGUCUCCAGUCUGUUAGUCUCCAGUCUCUUAGUCUCCAGUCUGCUAGUCCAUUCUGCUAGUCUCCAGUCUGCUAUUUUCCAGUCUCCAGUCUGUUUGUUCCAGUCUGCUAGUCUGAUAGUCUCCAGUCUGCUAGUCUCCAGUCAGUCUGCUAUUCUCCAGCCUGAUAGUCUCCAGUCUGCUAGUCAGUCCAGUCUGCUAGUCUCCAGUCUGCUAGUCUCCAGUCUGUUAGUCUCCAGUCUGCUGUCCCAGUCUGCUAGUCUCCAGUCUGCUAGUCUCCAGUCUGCUAUCCCAGUCUGCUAGUCCCCCCAGUCUGCUAGUCUCGUCAGUCUGCUAGUCUCCAGUCUGCUAGUCUCCAUCUGCUAGUCCCAGUCUGCUAGUCUCCAGUCUGCUAGUCUCCAUCUGUUAGUCUCCAGUCUGUUUCUCCAGUCUGCUAGUCUCCAGUCUGCUAGUCUCCAUCUGCUAGUCUCCAGUCAGUUUGUCUAUCUCCAGUCUCAUCUGCUAGUCUCCAGUCUGCUAUCUCCAGUCUGCUAGUCUUCCAGUCUGCAGUCCUCCAGUCUGCUAGUCCCAGUUGCUAGUCUCCAGUCUGCUAGUCUCCAGUCUGUUGUCUCCAGUCUGUAGUCUCCAUCUGCUAGUCUCCAGUCUGUUAGUCUCCAGUCUGUUAGUCUCCAGUCUGUUAGUCUCCAGCCUGCUAGAUCCCAGUCUGAUAGUUCUCCAGUCUGCUUUUUUGCAGUAUGAUUGUCUCCAGUUGUAUCUCCAGUCUGCAGGGGCCCAGUUUGUUAUGUCUCCAGUCGUUAUCUCUGUUAGUUGUAUGUAGUUCCAGUCUGUAGUCUAUAUUGUUAGUCUCAGUCUGUUGUUCCACUGCUUUUUACUUGAGAUCAAUCAACUGGAUGUCAUUAACAAUUAUGUUUAUGAGAAAUAUGAGUUGCGCUGAAAAGUUUUCUCGACAAAGAGAAUCAGAUGGUUCAACGUUAAUUUUUUUCUCUCAGUCCGGCUUUUAACUUACUGUUGAAAGUUGUAAUAGUAGAAUGCACAAGGUGCAAUUUCUAUAUUGGGUAUUGCAUCAUCAGUUCCUCUUGUCAUGUUAGUCAUUGCAUACCUUAGAGAGAUAUUUGUAACUUGUCAGAAAUGUCCAGAUCAACUAGUUCAUGUCAGCUAACGUUUUUUAGCUUUUGUUAUAAUGUUAUAAUUGCAAGAAAAUUAGCGUUAAAACUGAAAAAUGUUCUCUGACAAAAUGUAGAAUUGCAGGAAAUAAGCUUUAAACCUGCUAAAUGUUUUCUCCGCCAACAAGAGGGGUGGGAACAGUUUGUGUCAUGAACAGUGCUUGUGCCCAUAGAAAUAGACGUGGCGUUCAGGGGGCAGGAUGUUACCAAAUGCUGGAAGGGGUCAGUGUGUCAGUGUUGUAUUAUAGCAGGGGUCAUGGGUCAGUGUUGUAUUAUAGCAGGGGUCAGGGGUCAGUGUUGUAUUAUAGCAGGGGUCAUGGGUCAGUGUUGUAUUAUAGCAGGGGUCAUGGGUCAGUGUUGUAUUAUAGCAGGGGUCAUGGGUCAGUGUUGUAUUAUAGCAGGGGUCAAUGGGUCAGUGUUGUAUUAUAGCAGGGGUUCAUGGGUCAGUGUUGUAUUAUAGGCAGGGGUCAUGGGUCAGUGUUGUAUUAUAGCAGGGGGUCAAUGGGUCAGUGUUGUAUUAUAGCAGGGGUCAUGGGUCAGGUUGUAUUAUAGCAGGGGUCAUGGGUCAGUGUUGUAUUAUAGCAGGGGUCAUGGUCAGGUGUAUUAUAGCAGGGGUCAGGGGUCAGUGUUGUAUUAUAGCAGGGGUCAUGGGUCAGUGUUGUAUUAUAGCAGGGGUCAGGGGUCAGUGUUGUAUUAUAGCAGGGGUCAUGGGUCAGUGUUGUAUUAUAGCAGGGGUCAUGGGUCAUGGGUCAGUGUUGUAUUAUAGCAGGGGUCAUGGGUCAGUGUUGUAUUAUAGCAGGGGUCAUGGGUCAGUGUUGUAUUAUAGCAGGGGUCAUGGGUCAGUGUUGUAUUAUAGCAGGGGUCAUGGGUCAGUGUUGUAUUAUAGCAGGGUCAUGGGUCAGUGUUGUAUUUAGCAGGGGUCAUGGGUCAGUGUUGUAUUAUAGCAGGGGUCAUGGGUCAGUGUUGUAUUAUAGCAGGGGUCAGGGGUCAGGGGUCAGUCCGGAUCCGGACUAAAUAGACUGUGUCACUUGUUUCUUCCAGAGAGUGGGCGGGUCUUCACUUGGUGCAGAGGCAUUUACGGACAGCUGUGGAGGACAGAACUGACCAAUCAGAGUGCAGAUCAGCAGUCAGGUAGUGCAUUGAGAGGAGCUGCCAGCCAAUGGAUAUGUGUCCCUACAGAAGUCAAGAUCCUCUGUGGAGCCACACAGUUGACACUGGUCACAGGGGAGACUGGUCACAGGGGAGACUGGUCACAGGGGAGACGUGGCACAGGGGAGACGUGUCACAGGGGAGACGUGUCACAGGGGAGACGUGUCACAGGGGAGACUGGUCACAGGGGAGACGUGUCACAGGGGAGACUGGUCACAGGGGAGACUGGUCACAGGGGAGACUGGUCACAGGGGAGACUGGUCACAGGGGAGACUGGUCACAGGGGAGACGUGUCACAGGGGAGACGUUUCACAGGGGAGACUGGUCACAGGGAGACUGGUCACAGGGGAGACUGGUCACAGGGGAGACUGGUCACAGGGGAGACGUGUCACAGGGGAGACUGGUCACAGGGGAGACGUGUCACAGGGGAGACUGGUCACAGGGGAGACUGGUCACAGGGGAGACUGGUCACAGGGGAGACGUGUCACAGGGGAGACGUUUCACAGGGGAGACUGGUCACAGGGGAGACUGGUCACAGGGGAGACUGGUCACAGGGGAGACUGGUCACAGGGGAGACGUGUCACAGGGGAGACGUGUCACAGGGGAGACGUGUCACAGGGGAGACGUGUCACAGGGGAGACUGGUCACAGGGGAGACGUGUCACAGGGGAGACGUGUCACAGGGGAGACGUGUCACGGGGAGAU